GGGCUGAGGGGCGAGGGCAGCGGGGAACACGGCGAGCUGGGCGGGCAUCACUGCCAGGAUCAUUCGGAUGAGGAAACGCCGACUUCGGAUGAGUUGGAGCAGUUCGCCAAGCAGUUUAAACAACGGCGCAUUAAGCUGGGUUUUACCCAAGCCGACGUCGGUUUAGCCCUUGGGACCCUCUACGGCAACGUCUUCUCGCAGACCACCAUCUGCCGCUUCGAGGCCCUGCAGCUCAGCUUCAAAAACAUGUGCAAGCUCAAGCCCCUGCUGAAUAAAUGGUUGGAAGAAGCCGAUUCCUCUACCGGCAGCCCCACCAGCAUCGAUAAAAUCGCGGCUCAAGGGAGGAAGAGGAAGAAGAGGACCUCCAUCGAGGUGAGUGUCAAGGGCGUGUUGGAAACGCACUUUCUCAAGUGUCCCAAACCUGCAGCUCAAGAGAUUUCCUCGCUGGCAGACAGCCUGCAGCUGGAAAAAGAGGUGGUGAGGGUCUGGUUCUGUAACCGACGGCAAAAAGAGAAGAGGAUGACCCCUCCGGGAGAGCAGCCGCAGCACGAAGUGUAUUCCCACGGCGUGAAAACGGACACGGCCUGCCACGACCUCUGA